AUGAAUGUACAACGACCAAGUCAGGCGUCACACCUAACUGCUGAAAUUAUAGAAGAUGAAAAGGAGAAUAUCGUCCCAUUGCAAGGGGGACGGUCGGUAUCAAAACUAGCUAAAACUUUGGCCGGCUCCCGAAGUCAAUCAAUAGACCACUUGAAAUUGAAGCUACAACAGGAACGAGAUCAACAUGAAAAGCAGCUAAAGGACCUGGAUGAGUUGCAUGAUCCCCUACAGGUCUAUUUAAACUACAUCAAUUGGACCCACCAUAAUUUUCCUCAAGGUGCCAACGCGUCUAGCGGCUUGUUUAAUCUUUUAGAACGCUGUGCCUCAAAUUUCAGAGAUAUUCCCUUAUACAAGAAUGAUCCAAGGUACUUGAAAGUGUGGCUCGAAUACAUUGAGCAUCACGAUACUCCGCGGGAUGCAUUUAUAUAUCUAGCGACAAAGAAGAUUGGAGUCGGCUUAGCACUUUUUUAUGAGGAGUUUGCUCGCCAUUUGGAAUCAAAGGGCAAGGUCGCAGAUGCCUUUGGUGUGUACGAAAUUGGAAUUCAAUACCGAGCUUAUCCCAUGAUUCGACUUGAAAAAUCUUUCCAACGAUUCAAAGACAGAGUGUCUGCAAAGCAUAUAACUGUUUCACACCCGAGUGAAGAUAUUAGGCGUGCAUUAGCGUUGAAAAAAGGAGACCAAAUUGAAGCUGCAAAUGAGGAGCAACCGUUAAAAAGGAGCAAAAUUGAUGUUUUCCAGGACAACGCAGAGUCCGAUUUGGGCUCAAUAAAACUGGCGUUUGAGAAGGAGAGUAGUGGGGACCUGCGGGUGUUGGAGUCUAGAAGCGAUCGAAUUAAGGAGAAUACCCUAGCCUCGCUGAGAUGGAGUGGGCAAAUAUUACAACAGAAGAAAAUGGGCAAUGCAGGUCCUAGUGAGAAAUUGCAUGUCUUUUGUGAUAAUCCUCCAAAUCCAAGUGGUAUACAUGGCGAUGAUGAACCCUCUUACCGAACAAUCCAGUCAGACCAAGACAGUCUGCAUGUUUAUACACACAUUGAACAUUGUGGGAAAAGACCGGAAAAACUUAUGUUGAAUUUGGAUCUUUUGUAUUCCGAAGUGGGCUCUGAAUCAAGUCCAGUGGAGAUUUUGGCCAAAAGCAGACAACUGACUAAGGUAGAAACUUCGAGUCUGUUGCAAUACAGUCAGAAACCUUCAGUUAAGGACCACAGCAAGGACACAGUGGGUCUUAACGUGACAUCGAUCGAUGAUACAUCAAGGCUACCUACCAAAGACCCCACUGUGACCAUGUUUUCCAAAAUGGCCAAGGACGAGGUGUUUGGAAUUUUCAAUCAAGCUUCGCAAACGUGUGAAAAACUUGAACUAGACGAUACACGACUCGAGGAUCCUACAUUUACGAACCUUGAUGGGUUUGUGACUGAAACAUUACCAACGGUCAAAACUAACUCAGCGCAACUUCAAGAGCCACUCAUUCCAACUCAGGUUGAUGGAAUUAAUAGCAAUUUACAGAAUGGCGAUUGUGCAAGCUCCUCCUUUCAGUUUCACCCGCCAUUGGGGGAAGAAGCUAGCUCACCACAUAGAGUUACGAUAGACCCUUUUGAUCAUGAAUUAAGGCACCUGAUUUUGCGAAAUUUGGUCAUCCCGUUGGUGUCAUAUCCGGGGUAUUUUGAGAGCUCCAACCCCACUGCAACGCAAUUCCACAGAGUUUUAGAUGCUGUCACUAACUCAAGCGCGCAAUAUAAUCCCCAUUCAUUAAUACUUGAUUGUUUCGGGAAAGAGAUGUAUUCUUUAGUCUCUUGUUUUAUUAAAAACGAAUGCUCACUUGUAUGUUUGGUUGAGUCAGAGUCUGGAUGUUUGAAAGUUUUGAAGAUUAUGCGACCAGCGAGUUCGUGGGAGUUCUUCAUAUUACGGCGUAUACGAAGGAGAAUGUUGAAGGACCUAGCUCAUGAAAAACAAUUUGUCAAAGCAGAGAGCUUAUUCAAUUUUGGCGAAGAAAGCUUCUUAGUGCUUGAGUAUUAUCCGCAGGGGAAUUUGAUGAAUGUGAUCGACCUUUUCAAGGUAAAAGGAAAACAGCUCGCUGAAUGUCUUGUAAUGUUUUUUUCGAUCAGAUUGCUUGAAGCCGUAGAAACCUUACAUGGGAUGGACAUUGUUCAUGGACUGAUAAGCCCAAAAAAUUGCAUGGUCAACUUCGUGUCCUGUGAGGACCGAAAUCUUUCUGCAUGUUUUGACCGAGAUGGUAAGUAUGGGUGGGACAGGAAGCGACUCACGUUGAUAGACUUUAGUGCAUCAAUUGAUUUGACAGAGUUUCACCAAGGUACAUACUUUUCAUCAUGCAACAGUUGUUUGGAUAGUGGGUUCGUCAAUUGGACGAAUGGACGUGGAUGGACAUUUGAGGUUGAUUAUUUUGGGCUUGCUAAAACUAUUCACGCUCUACUUUUUGGCGAAAGCUUAGGAAUCACACGUUGUGAUGACAAGGUUCAAAUACGGCAAAGUUUGUCAAGAUUUUGGCAGCCCAGGAUAUGGCAAGAGGUAUUUGAGGUUUUGUUGAAUCCUGAGGGCAAGUUAGGUUCACAUGAUAGCGUGCGUCAAUUGAGAAAAAUCAGAGGAAAGCUUGAGGCAUGGUUGGAGAGCUACGCAGAGGCUGGUGACUUGAGGGGUAUAAUUCUUUCCCUCGAGGAGGAGCUUGGCUCACAGGGGAACUAA